AAAGGAUCAAGCAUCCCUGAGUUUCAAACAGAAACUUGCACUGAAUACAUUCAAAGAACCAUCAAGAAAUGGGGACCUGGAUUUUAUUUGCCUGCCUCCUGGGAGCAGCUUUUGCCAUGCCUCUACCACCUCAUCCUGGGCACCCUGGUUAUAUCAACUUCAGCUAUGAGAACUCACAUUCUCAGGCUAUCAAUGUUGACAGGACUGCAUUAGUGCUUACCCCUUUGAAGUGGUACCAGAGCAUAAGGCCACCGUACCCUUCCUAUGGUUACGAGCCCAUGGGUGGAUGGCUGCACCACCAAAUCAUCCCCGUGCUGUCCCAACAGCACCCCCCGACUCACACCCUGCAGCCUCAUCACCACAUCCCAGUGGUGCCAGCUCAGCAGCCCGUGAUCCCCCAGCAACCAAUGAUGCCCGUUCCUGGCCAACACUCCAUGACUCCAAUCCAACACCACCAGCCAAACCUCCCUCCGCCCGCCCAGCAGCCCUACCAGCCCCAGCCUGUUCAGCCACAGCCUCACCAGCCCAUGCAGCCCCAGCCACCUGUGCACCCCAUGCAGCCCCUGCCGCCACAGCCACCUCUGCCUCCGAUGUUCCCCAUGCAGCCCCUGCCUCCCAUGCUUCCUGAUCUGACUCUGGAAGCUUGGCCAUCAACAGACAAGACCAAGCGGGAGGAAGUGGAUUAAAAGAUCAGAAGAUGAGAGGGGAAUGAAUACUUCAGAUGCUUUCAGGAAUGACACAAGAACACAAUGAUUUUUGCUUAUAAUCACUUUACUUAGCAAAUUCUGUAACUAAAAAAGUACCAUUAGCAGACAAUAAAAUGCAUUAAAAAUCA